AUGGUAAACAACUCGGUUAGGGCUAACAAGCCUAUCGUUGCCAUCGCCAUUAAUUAUCGUGUGAACGGCUUUGGUUUCAUGGGGGGACCCAUUUUGCGAGACCAAGGCUUGGCUAAUUUGGGGCUUCGUGAUCAACGCCUUGCUUUUCAGUGGAUUCAGGAAAACAUCAAAAACUUCGGCGGCGAUUCCUCAAAGGUCACGAUAUGGGGCCAAUCCGCUGGAGCAGGGAGUGUAGGCGCCCAGUUAUUGGCUUUUGGAGGUCGCAAUGACUCGCUAUUCCGGGGCGCCAUUACCGAUAGUGGCGGACCUCUCGGUGUCCAGGGACCAUCGAACGCCACUCAACUAUCAACUUGGAAUCAUGUCCUGAACUCCACUGGUUGCGCCGGAUCCUCGGACCCAAUCAUCUGUUUAAGAGGAGUGAGCUUAGACAAAUUCAUCUGCGCAGUCAACUCUUCCAGCGUCAGCUUUGGGCCAGCAUACGAUGGGGAUUUUUUUGUCACAUACAAUUCCGCGCAAGUAUCAAAUGGUGAUUUCCUCAAAGUUCCCUUGAUCACCGGUAGCAAUACGGACGAGGGAACUGAGUUCGUUGGGUCUGCAUCCUACAUCGGGGCCCUGCCAGCGGUUCCCUACCCAGAUGAAGCCUCCUUCCUGCAAGUUGUGAAUUCUUCACUUAUCAAUCCUGCGUUCACACAAAAUGCCCUAGCAGUUAUUUCAGCCCUAUACCCUGACAUUCCGGCUAUUGGAGCUCCGCAUACUUACAUUGGUAGGCUAAACUCAACAUUUGGUUCUCAGUAUGCUCGAGUAGCAAGCUUUUCCGGCGAUGUUAAAAUUAUUGCGGGUCGAAGAUUCACUGCUCAGCAGUGGGCGAAACAUGGUGUCCCGGUAUACUCUUAUCGUUUCAAUCAAUGGCCUAUUGGCGGUCUUCCUGAUACCACUGGGACUACACACUUCACCGAAGUUCCACUCGUCAUGGAUGAUGAGCCAGGCAAUGGGUACAUAGCGCCAUGGUAUCCUGCCGGAAGCGAGUAUAAUGGCAUGGAUGCCAAUUUCACGGCAAUGGCUCACCUGAUGAGCCGCAUGUGGAUCUCGUUCGUCCAUGACCUUGAUCCCAACAACCACGGUGUCACCCACCACAAUGGCUACCCGAUUUCAAAUUGGAAAACUUAUGCAUCUAAUGGAAGCGAGGCACUGGAUGGAUAUGGCACUAACCUGCAAGUUUCCUCCUCGUUGCCCGGUCUGGCAGAGCAAGAGCCGGAUACAUGGCGGGCAGAGGCCAUUAAUUACUUGAUUCAACACAGCUAUGCCCUCUUCGGGGCCUAG